UUACCACAAACACCUAGCAGUGUUUAUUUAUCUUUUACCGGUGAAACGUGUGGAUAUUUUAACAUUUAGCAAACGACCAUUUGCAAGUGUUUUUCUUUAGAAUCAUUCAAUCUAGCAACACAAAGACACAUUCUUCACUAAAGGCUGUAAAAUGUAAAAUGUGCGUAUUUUAUAUAUACCGUAUUCACAUUGUUGCCUAAAUAUGUCGGGUCCAACAUGCUAUAAUUUACAAAGACAUGCCCAAUUUGUGGUUUUAUGCAUUGGUCAUUUCCAAAAAAUGCUUCGUCGGUUAGUUUUAUAUAAUCAUUGUAAUCUAGAAUUCAACAACAUGUUGUGUAACUAAACAAAGCGCAAAAUGUAUUUUUCAAAUAGCAAAAUGUGUAAUUGGUAAACUGCACCAUAGUAAUUACUGGAAAUUUAAAAAAAGUAUCCAAUAAAAAUAAACAUUUACAAUGCAUAAAGAGAUACACUUACAUUACAUUAAAAACGUAAUGUAAUGGCUGAAUGUCCCUGCAUGGAUGCGUAUUAAUUUGCCCUGUAGAAUCAAAACCGUAAAAUACACAAAUAAAAUUAAUGCUAUCAUUAUUUGGUCUAUUAAAUACCAAAACCAUAAUAAAAAAUAUAUAUUUUUACAAUGAAUGCAUUGUUACUGCAACAAAUACAUUAUUUACACUAACUCUGUGCGAGACCCUAUUGUACUUAUAUGCGUAUUAUUAAAUCAGAAUUCAGGACCGCUCAGGCAGAUUUAUUGGCAGUAUCUAAUAAUUCAAAUAACAGGUUAUAGGCCAAUCGAGUUAUUAACGCUAUUUUUUUACAUUAUGUCAUGCAUUUAAUUACAGAUCAAAUAAGUUAAUGUAAAUUCAGCCUAAACCAAUCUGAGGGAAUCAACACUAACAUGUUUGGAAAACCUUUCAAGUUGCUAUCAGAGGCUUCAUAGCAACGUAACUAGACUUGUUUGCAUUUCGUUGCCAGGAAAUACGAAGCAAACUGAAGUUUAACACUACUGGUUGUACACUACGAUUUCGUCGGCUGUUUUUAAACACUUUAACACUAGAGCAGGAUUUAGGGGGCUGGGGUCUUUCUGAAGCUUACUUCAAUAAAAAUGACUACCGGUAAUAAAGAAGUCGUCACACUAAAUGUUGGGGGGCAGAAAUUUACAACUUUAGUGUCAACACUGAGAAGAUUUUCCGAUUCAAAACUAGCACGCAUGUUGGAUGGAAGUGACCCAGAAUUCAGAGUAGUGAAUGGUCAGUUUUUCGUGGAUAGAGAUGGGAGUUUAUUUAAGUAUAUCCUGGACUACCUAAGGACUCGCCAGGUCUCCCUGCCUCCCGAUUUCUUUGAUUACGAAGGUUUAACACGUGAAGCUGAGUUCUAUGAAAUACGUUUACUGGUGGAUUACCUAAGCAAAGACAGUAUUCGACAAAGGCUGGAGAUCCUGGAGGUUCGAUUUUCUCUUCAAGAGACUCACUCGUUCUUCAGAAUCUUCUGUUCAUACAGCAGCACCAUCGAAAUGCUAGCUGCGAGGAUAUGCGUGUUUGCAGAACAGGCAUCGACGAACUGGAAUUAUGCAUACCAACCUCAAAAACCAAUGGCUCCCGUGCCACUGCAGAGACCUUCGCAUCACGACCUUGUGUUCCAAUGUGGCACAAACUACUCGGCUGGAGAAGAGUUUGCUGCACGGUAUGUGACGAUUCAACCAGACGACAGGAAACUCAUUAAUGGCACCAAUGUACUGGGCUUACUAGUAGAUAUACUACUAAAGGAAGGAUUCCGUCUCAUAAGCACACGAACGGUUUCUUCAGAAGAAAAGGUGGAGUGUUAUACAUUUGAAAGAAUCAAAAGGCCACAGAUCCUGACCAUUAGCGAUGGGCUCAGAACAGAACACGCUAAUCAUCAAACAAAACACAGCAAAACUCAAAGUAAAUGAAGGCAACACAAUCAGUUGCAUGUAAAACAAGGAAAAGGCGAUAGCAGUUAAACACGAUGAAAUAUUUGAUGAAAGUUUAAAAAGUACUUGAUUUGUGGCAAUUCUACCCUGAAGGUAACGACACAUUGGUACCCUAAUUAGAGAGAGAGAGAGAGAGAGAGAGAGAGAGAGAGAGAGAGAGAGAGAGAGAGAGAGAGAGAGAGAGAGCGCUAAAAUGCAGUUUCUGUAAUUGUACACAAAUAAGGGUCCAUUAUGUUGUGUAUGUAAUGUUGUGUUUUAUUUAUGGUCAAUACCUGAAUAUUCAAUCUCGUGAUUUAUAAUUAUAAAUCAGGAAAUCACCGAAAACAAUUAAGCCAUCCUUCAAAGGACCACUGAGAGAACAGUAUGCUGUCCCAAGUAUUGUCAGGCACAAUUUAUGUUUUGAUCAAGUUACUUUAAAAAAAAAAAAGGACGUGUUUACUCUAGAAAUAAACACAUCUAUUGCAGUUAAGUGGCCUUUUAACCUUUAACUUGUAGUCCAUCAGUUAGCCCUAAUUGCUGUGUUUAACUUUGUUAUUUUUGUAUCUAUCCAUAUAUUGCACAUUUAUGAGG